GCUAACGCGAAGCGGCUCGGUUGGUCCCGUUGACAAAACGUCUAAUAUCACGUCCACGGGGAGGAUUUGUUGAUUUCAAAACACACAGCAGAUCAAAACAACGCUCUGCUUUACGUGGGAAGACGUCUGGUGCUGCCCCCCCUGUAUGCCUGCAGGUAGUGGUUUUGGUGGGACCUGCUGCCAGUUGACCAGCGGACCUCACACCUCAUCAUGAAUCCUGUCAGCUAUCAGAGCAUGCUGUCCUCUGUGAACGGGGGACACCCCAGUCUGGUCCUGGAUCGGGUUCUGGGCUCCUCCAACGUGAAGUACUGUCAGAAGUGUGGCUUUUCCUCUAAGGACGCUGCAGAGCUGAAGAGGCACAUGCUGGAGCACAGAGGGACGAGGUAUUACUGCUUCUACUGCAACAAGGUGUCAUUCAGCGAGGCGGAGCUGAACGCUCACAUGAAGCAGCACAGCUCCACGUACCCCUUUAAAUGUCCUCACUGUGGGCAGGGCUACAUGAGGAGGUUGUGCCUUGUUAAGCACAUUGAUCGUUUGCAUAAUAAAAACAUAAGUCAAGGACCGGCUAAGCCUGGAACGACCAAAAGUCCACACGCUCCCGUCUCCAGUGCCUUAUCAAGUGUGCCCACUGCUGAUCCAGCGUCACUCCGACCAGCUGUUCGAGUGACGGUGCCCGCCUCGAGCACGCCUGCAGUCAGGCAGGGUAAAGAUGAACUAAGAGGGAAAACACUGGACUCGGACGUAUCAAACGGCGCUAACGGUAACGCGGAUCUUUUGAACCCUUGGAAUGGACUCAUUCAUCACAACAGGGCUCUGACGGUUUCCCUCCCAGAGGAAGUAACGAUCCCCGCCGGCUGUUUGGUCGAGCUCGUGGAGGUGAAGACUGUCAACGGGACGAAGGAGCUGAAGCUGAGGCUCGUCUCUCAACAAGAGAACGAGUCCGUGAUAAAAGAGACGAGGACCACAGUCUCUCAAAACAGUGCACUGGGAAAGUCUUUCUCAUCCUCGUUAAACCACCAGAACACAGUCAAGUCCAUGAGCAUGGGGAUGUGCACAGUGAACAGGAAACAGUGUGAAACAAAGACUGUGAACGUGGAGCGUCCUGCUGUUUUUCAAGGGAACAUUUCCAAAAACCUCCCAAAUCAACCAAACAAAGAAAAAGCUGGAUUCAAAAGAGCAUCGCACGAGAUAAUCAACUUGGAGAGUCACACGGUCGUUCCAAACAAGGUUCCCAAAAGCAUCAUCAAUCACGUAAGAGAAGGAAACGGUGGGAUCAAAGUGACGCAGGGUGAACCGGUGAACCACAACGCCGCUCUGUCUUCUGUUAUCUGCAACCGGGUCGGCCAAAGGUCGACGAGCGGCCUGCAUCCGGAGAACAUGGGAGCAUGUGUUUCUCAGAGAGCCGUGGACGAGAGGAAGAAUUUAAUUCAAGAGCAUUCCAGGAAUAUCUCAUCCAGGAGGGCAAGCGACGCAAAAAUCUCUCCUCAAGAUGUUUCGGUGGCUGUUAAGCUGGAACCCGGAGAGACCCGCCUCAAGAACGACGCCUCUCCACAAAUAAAGAAAGAGCCGGUGGGAUUGAACCCGCAAAGUUCUUCCUCUCCUUCCUUGAGCGCCCUCUUGGCUGCAUCUGCCCAAGUGAGACCUCCGGCGGUUCUAGUUUGUAAGGAUAAAGUUUUAAGUCCGUCUUUUUCGAUCCCCAGAAGUCUAAAUGAGUCCUCGCCGGUCAAAGCGUUUGUGCUCUCCAACCGCAAAGGUCCAAAGAUGUCGGCUUGGUCCCAGGCAGUCAGAUCCAAUGAGAGAGCAGGAGACGGGGACACGCUGGAGCCAGAGGGUUUCCCCGUCAUCUCCUCUGUGUUUUCACUGAGUCAACAACCGGAGGACGUCCAAGGCUCCAUGCAACCGCUGGUCAUGGCUCUGCGAGGCAUAGUGAUGGAUAAAAGCAACAGUCCUGGUGGCACAACUCAAGAUCACAUCACGGUGGCAGAGCGGGCGGAGGAGGCGCUGAGGCCCUGCGCUCAGGUGGCCACAAAAGAAGCAUCCAUCAUCCACAAGCUUUUAUCCACAGAGCUGAUCACCAGCGAGACUAUCAAAGUGGAGGAUAGAGGUGUUCAGCACCCUUCUGCACUGACCCAAAACCACAUCAAGGAGAAACAAAAUGGCACUACGAAAACGGACGAUAAGAAAACGCACGUUUUAAAAUCUUCAACAGAUGAGGAAUCUGUUUCCAAAAUUGCUGCGCACGUGGCUGCGGAGCCUCUACAGCAAAUGGCAAAGAGUGAGCACGACAUCUCAAAGUUCCUGACUGUCUCUCUGAAACGGGUUCAAGUGGGCCUGUGGAAAAAAAACAAGAAGGCGCUGAAACUUAGGAUAUCCAAAUACAAGACUCGGGUGCCUAUCGGCGCUCUAACUGACUGCGCGGUCAUUUACCCGAUGCCGCUGAAGGUGGACCAGCUGGUGAAGCGGCCGGGCCCCUACCAGCCCGUGGUGGUGCUCAAUCACCCGAAGCCCCGGGCCUCCGUCCAGGGCCCGAGAGCAGACACUGUGGCGGACAAGGGGGAGUCCGAGGUGGCCCCAAAGUGCCAAAUCUUAAAAAUGAGGCUGAGCAAAGUGAUGGGGCAGAAGUACGAGGUGAUGGGCUGCACGGUCGGCGUCUUUCCAUGAAUUCAUCAGACGAUGUAUCACUGUACAGAAGUGUUAGUUUAUGAGAAAAUAACGAGUAUUACAACGGGGGAGAUGUUGACUUAAAGAAAGAGAAAAUAUUACGGAGCGUAAGAUUUAAAAAAACAAAACAAUGGACAUGUGAUUAUCAUUGUGUUACACGUAUGUUGUUUAAAGGCAUGGAAUGUGGAAUAUUCAAGUGCAAUGCGUUUGACUGCUUUGAGUCGUCAUGGAACAUCUGCUUUAGUAGAUUUCAGUCACGAAUACACAGAUGUUAAGUACUGUUAACAGAUGUUUGGGAGACCAGUAGAUCUGUCAGAGUUGAGGCAUAAAUGCAUGCUGUUUACUUUAAAAGCAUAACAUACUGUAUUUAUUUCUUUUUUAGUUUUCAUCAGUAGUGUUUUGCUUUUUAUCUGGCUCCUCUAAGAUACAACCUGAGACAAUGAAACCUUUGUGUGAGAACCCACUUAGAGUCCAAACAAUGUCAUGAAGAUACAGAACAUGCACAUCUCCCCAAAAAAAUCGACAUUAAGUAAUGCAGAAAGUUUUGAAACCCAAUUAUGUGAGAUUAAUUUUGGGUAAAGCCUCGUGCAACAUUUAGCACAAAUAAUAUACAAUGAAAAAAUGUCUUAUUCAAGUAUGAAUGUCCAUGUUUCUCUUUUUAAAUGCUCAUAUUAAGAGAACUGUCCGAGGCAAAGAAAACAAAUCGGUUUCCAGUCUUCGUAUACGGACCAAGCACUUUUUCUUUCUUUUGUUUACUUUGAUGAAGUUGUGUUGACAAUUCAGUUGCAUCCAAAAAGCCAAUUUAACACGAUACAACAAUAAGGCAAAAAAGCUCCUCCAUAUUUGGCCUGAGAAAACCGGGUCCCUUAGAGAUCACAGCCAGUGUCAUCAUGUUUAUUCAGUAUGGGUCAGUGUAGUGUAGUGUAGUGGUGCAUUCAGGCACUCUUCACAAUCUCUGAAAUUUGGGGAAAUAUUGCGUGACCGUGUCGUAUUUAUUUGGUCAACAGUCACAGUAAAUUCAUCCAAGUGAACUGGACCAUUGGGAAAAAAACCAAAAAAACACUAUAAGUUGUAAAUAAUGAAAGCUGGGCAUAGACACACUACUCUUUGUUCUUGUUACCGGUUUGGAUGUGUUUUUAAUCACUGGGUGUUGCAGAGAAACGGGCGUUAUGUUUGCCAGUCGUCCUUCAUGUGUCGUGUGAGGUGAAAUGUUUCAGUUGUACUGUAAACUUAGAAUGUGCCCCAGUUUCUCUCCAGUAUUUACCACUCCGCUGGCCUUUUUCUCGAUGAUAAAACCUUAAUGUUUCUGACUUUACCAGUUGACGAGGAGUGCCUGAAUGCACCACGAGUCUUGACGUCUGUUAGGCUGUGAGGCCAGAGCGAACGGCUGUAAUUAUGACUACUCCUUAUGGUCCAGAUUGAGAAGAAAAGUGAAGUCUGUAAGAAGCAUUCUGCAUUUUUAUUCACGUUUUCAGACUCUGUUUUUUGUUAUUCUUAUCACAUUUGUUUUUUAUCAUGAAUUUUCUAUUUGUAAGAGAUAUUUUGUGAUUAACUUAUUUGAAGCAAGUGUUAGCGCCAUCUUGGAUCAUAUUUACUCCUUGUGCCAUGCGACUUCCAUGUGAAGCCUCCUUUGCAGCUCCUUAAACACUGGUGCAAAAUGGAACCGAUGAAAGCAUCCCCCAACUGGUUUAUUACUGUUUAUUUGUUUUUAUGUACAUACUAAGUGACUGUGGUUCACCUGUUAAGACCAUCAAAAGGACACAAUCUUCUUUCCUGAUGCUCUGCAGAACUGUUUCUCCUCUUGUGACGGCAUUACGACAUGUGUGUGUUUAUCAUCAGUAACCAUGAUGUAUGAGGUGCUAGACCUAUCAGUUAAUAGGUUUUGGUUGCCCAGUUUCUAUUCUGUAUAUACGUUUUGAUCACCCACAGAUUUUAUUGUGUACAUACCUAUAAAUAUAAAAUGUGAUAGUUGUUGUUAAUACUCCGUAGAGGGAAUGGUUGACGUUCCACAGCCUCUUCAGCGAAAGCAGUUAUGUUGUGCUUUUACUUUCUGAACACUGCGGAGUCAGAAGCUGACGUACUUUAUUGUUUGUUAUAUAAAUAUAUAUUAUUAUUAUUUUAAAGGUGUUUAAGGGCGUGACAGCUCCCUCUGAAUGUUUUACUUUGCCUUCCAUUCACCUCUCAUUUGUGCUCAAGCUAAUUUUGGUUUACUCUUUUUGUUUAUUAUCGUAUUCCAUGCUUUUAUAAUAACAAUUAUGUAACUCCUCUUUUUUCUAUUAAAACGUGAUCACAAUUUGUAUUCUCUAUUCCCUUCUGUUCAACGCAUUGGUAGAGGAAACACUCAGUUAAAGUCCUUGUUGUGAAAAAGUACAUGAAGC